AUGCACAAUAAUCAAACGUAUUCAAAGGAUACACCUCAUACAAUUACAACUAAUCCACAUUUGAAAACUACUAGUACUACUACUAAUAAUAAUAAUACAACUACAACAAUUACAACUACCCCCACUUCCAUAUGUAUUACAAACAGUAAUCCUAUCACUACUUUGAAUUAUGUGAUCACGAGUAAUGCUGUAAGUGGUUACAAAAAAAACCCAUUGGAAUUGAAGUCAACGGAAGAAAUUGUUUCAACAUAUCCAUCAUCGACAUUAAAUGUUGUUCCUAUUCACUCUACUUGUAUUGUGACUAGUACGACUAUUACUACUGCUACAACUACUACUACUAGUAUACCGCAUCCAAUUACUGUAACUACAGAUUUACACAAAAAUGAAUUAUCAACUGGUUGUUUGAUACCUACACCAAUUAAUAUUUAUACAACUACUUCUACUGGCAUUAAUACUGUAAAUGAUCCUGUGACAACUAGCCAACUGAGAAAUGUCACUUCAUUCCAUGAAUUCAAUCAAUCGAAAUGUUCAGAUUUGAGUUUACUAAGACCUAAUCGACCAUCGUUGAUUCGAAGAAAAGCAAAUAUAUCUGAAUCGGAUGCAUUUGAUAUUGUUACUUCGGUAAAAAAUAUCACAACUAGCACAACACACAGUAGUAGUAUUAGUAGUAGUAGUACUAGUAGUAGUAAUAAAAGUAGUAUCGUUUGUACACGUGAUCCUAGUAUGGAAAUAAAUUCUAUUACUAAGAAAAUCAAUUCAUUUGAAGAAGAAGAAGAAGAUCAACAAAAAAUUGCAUCUUCUGUAAAUAAAAUUGAACCGAACAAAUUGCUGACAACAUCCAAAGUAAAUUUAGAUAGUAAUAAAAUGAAGUUUAAUAAUACUCGGUCCACAUCAACAUGUACAUCACAAUCAUCAACAGCAUCUCCAUUGGAUCCUAAUUUAUUACAUGAUUCUCUUGAUUAUUCAACUAGCAAUAAAGUUAAAGAUUCCAAUAAUAAAAUGAAGUCAAAAGAUAUUGAAACAUUUAACUCUGGUUUAGAGUAUAAAACAAUGGUUAAAUCAGCUUCAAUAUCACCAACAAAAAAAUAUCGUUUAAAGCAUCAAAUAUCUCAACCAAUGAAUCCACGUAAUCGUUCAUCACGUAAAAUGAGUUCAUCAUAUUAUUAUAAUUCAGAUACGAGUUUUUUAUCAAUGUUAGCUGCUAGUCGACCAUCUGCAGCGAAAGGUCUACUAGGUGUAGCAAGUGCUGCAUUAGCUGCUGCAAGAGCUGGUACUUUUAUCAAUAAUCCAGUUAAUACUACAAGUGAAUCAAUGCAUAAAAUGGAUAAUUCAAGAAAUUCCAGAUCUGUCGAAAGAAAUCAACAACAAAUCAAUUCAGGUUUUUGUUUUUGUCAUUAUCAUCAUUGUCCUUAUAAAUAUCCUCCAUAUCCACAUGAUCAACAGCCUAAAUUGAUAAAUUCACCAUCAUCUAGAUUGAAUUGGUUAAAUGAACAAUUAUCAUUGUAUGGUUAUACACCAAGACGAUAUUCUGAUCCGGCUUUAAAUGUAACAGAUGAUAAAAUGGAUAUGGUUUAUAUAAAACUUUUAUUAUAUUUAUCACAAAAAUCGUUUGUCAAUGAUGAAUAUGAUAUGUACAAAACUAAUAAUCAAUAUUAUUAUCCCUUAGAUGUUACACAGAAAACAGAUGACGCUGAUCAAACUAAUCAUGCACUACCUAUAAAUGAUCCAAUGACACUGCCAUUAAAAACAGAUGAUUAUUUUCUUAGUGAGUUUAUCAAUCGUAAUUCUGCUGUAUAUAGUAGUUUGAUGGAUUUAAAUAUACCAGAUUUUCUGUCACCUACUAGUAGUAAUGUAGGUGAAAUAGGUAAGUGUAAUUCAACAGUACUGCUUAAUAGGGAUCAUGCAUAUAUUGACUUGUUGGAAACCAAAACCAAUCCUAAAACAAGUAAAUAUUUCACAUCAAAUAUGAUACAACAAUAUUCAGAUAAUAUACAACAACCGCAUCAAUUUUAUUAUGAUGAAAAACCAAAUCAACAUACAUCACAGUUACAGAAACAUGACAUCAAAGAGAUGAUAAAUGAUACUUCAAAUAUGUCUAAAGGAAUCAGCUAUGGAGGAAUUCCCUGUGGUUCUACAGUAACACCAGCUUCUCAUCCAACCAAAUCAAAGCGUACAGGAUUAGAUGCUAUUGGAAUGGAUUUUAUACGUGCAAAUGGUGCUAGACCAGGUUUAAUACAAUUGAGACAUGUAAAAGAGUUUAAAGCUGCUAAAGAAUUGGAAAAUCAACAACGACAACAACAACAACAACAACAACAACAAACUUCACGUAAAGAUGAGAAUCAAGAGACUAAAACAAAGAUAAAACAUUCAAAUAUUAGUAAAUAUCCAUGUAGUCUUGGUUUAUUUCCAACAAGAAGUAGUAGUGGUGGUAGUACCGGAGGUCCAGUUGGAAUUAGUCAACAAAGUCCAUUUCAUCACUUAAUAAGUGGUGGUGUUUUAGGCGCCACUGUACUUACAUUAGCAGCUAAAGAUGGUCGUUCAACGAAAGAAUUGAAGGAUGUUCAGAAACAACAGCAUCAACUAACGACACCUCAAUUACAAAGCCAUAGUGUAUCACAACUAAAAGAACAAUUGAAUAUAGAAGAAAAUAAUAAACAUAAACCAUUGGCUCAACAGCGCCUUCAUCAAAAUAAUGAGGCUUUAUUAGAUGAACAUCAUCAUGAAUAUAAUUGCUCUAAUUUAACAAUUGAUCCUUUAGCCAUAGAACAAGUUAUGUACAAUCAUGAAGUACCGGUAGACUCUAUAACAAGGGAUAGACAUAAUCUUUCAAGUGAUACAAGUAAUGCAAGUAAGACAAGUCAACCAGUUUCAGAAAUUCAUCCACAAAAACAUAGCUAUUAUUAUGAUAAAAUGAAGUACCAACUGGCACGUUCUGCUACAGUCACAUCAUCAUCACCAAGGACAAAACAUAAUCAAUUUGAAACUAUUCAUAAUAGUAAUCUACCCGAAACAGAUAUGACCAGGUUACAAGAAACUUUAAGUGUACCAGGAUUAGUCAGAGGAUGGACAGAUGAUAGUGAUUACACAGAUGAAUACAAUAUUUAUAAGCGACAAAAUUCAUAUGAAACGAAUGAUAGACCACCCAGUCAUGAUAGUAGUAAUAUGUCUUUGCAUACACAUUCUGCUAAUACGUAUAACGAGAUGUUAUUUAAGCAAUAUGAAACCAUCAAUGAAAAUCAAUCAGGCAGACUAAUUCAAGAUCAUUUAAGAGUAGGAAAUAUGAAUGUAAACUAUUUUUCAAAGCAACCAAGUUUAGAUAGAAAUGAUGUAAAAAAUGUACAGUUUAACAAAGAAUUGAAUGAUGAACAACGUUCAAAUAGUGUCACAAACUACUUGAACACUUGUCAAACUUCUUAUUUGAACUCAGGUUGUCAUUCUCGUAUAAGACGAUUAAGAGAAAAUUUUGAGAAAACUAAAAGUUCAACAUACACAUGGAGGCCAACAGGGACUAUGGGUGGAUUAUUAGAGAGUAGAACAGAUGAAGAACAACCAUUAACCGCUACACGAAUUUCUGGUAGUGAUUCUCGAGUCUUUCAUCCUCCAGAAGCAUCAAUUACAGCUGCAGAUAAAAAUUCUACAACGACAGUGGGAACUGGACCACAGAUUUCGGUUGAAGAAGAUGAAAAUACCAGUAAAUCUGUGAAAAUAGCAGUGAUUAAAGAGCAAGAACAGUUUUUACCUCUUACAACGGAAUCUCAAAUUGCUGAUAAACAUGAUAAUACUGAUGAUUUACAUAAAAUCCCAUUAAAAUCACCCUUAAUUAAUAUAGAAUCUGAAGUGGAAGAUAUAGCAGAUGACAGUGAACGAAGCAUAAUGCAGCGCAGGCGUGAUGCUAUGAAUAAUCAACAUCAACAAAGAACAAUUAAAAAUGUUGGCUAUCGUUUAGGUAAACGAAAACGUCUUUUUGAGAAACGAUGCCGGAUAUCAGAUUUUUCAUUAAGUUUUGCCGUGUUCGGUAUAUUGGUUAUGUUAAUUGAGACAGAAUUAACAUUUGCUGGUGUCUAUGAAAAAGAUUCAAUCUAUUCAUUUAUAACAAAAACAUGUGUAUCAAUAUCAACUUGUAUCUUACUGGGUCUUAUUUUAGCUUAUCACGUUUAUGUUAUCAAGAUAUUUUCUUGUGAUGAUUCCAUUGAAGACUGGAGAAUGGCAGUAGAUUAUAAUCGUAUAUUUCAAAUGACACUUGAAGUACUCAUUUGUGUUAUACAUCCAUUUCCAGGAUCAUAUCUUAUUCAAUUCCCUGUAUCGUCUUCCUUAGUUGGUCCAGGAACAGAGAUUUAUUCACCUCUUUAUCAUGGCCAACAAACCACUAAAUCAAUGAAUUUGAACAAUCUUACACGAAUGACAACCAAGCUGACGGCAAAUAGAACCACCAGCUUUAAACCUUUCUCUGGUUUAUCUACAUUUCCAAGUCAUAUUACUGCUACAACUAGUUCACCAUUCAUAUCUACUACAUCUUCAUCUUUUGAUCAUGUACAAAGUUAUUCAGUUAAAAUGGUAUCUAUAGACUUAAUUCUUUCUGUGCCAAUGUUUUUUAGAUUAUAUUUAUUAUUUCGUGUAAUGUUAUUACAUUCAAAAUUAUUUACUGAUGCUGGAUCACGUAGUAUUGGAGCAAUGAAUAAAGUUAGUUUUGAUACAAGAUUUAUUUUUAAAACUUUGAUGACAAUGUGUCCUGGAAAACUUCUUCUUGGCUUUAUAUUAUGUUUAUGGAUUGUGUAUUCAUGGACAUUACGAGCAUGUGAAAGUUUUUAUGACACAGAGAAUGGAAGUUUACUCAACUCUAUGUGGUUGAUUGCAGUCACAUUUUUGAGUAUUGGCUAUGGUGAUAUUGUACCUCAUACUUAUUGUGGUCGUGUGAUUGCUUUAGCUACAGGGGUUAUGGGUUCUGGAUGUACAGCACUAGUUGUGGCAGUAUUUGCUAGAAAAUUAGAAUUAUCCAAAGCAGAAAAGCAUGUGAUUCAUUUUAUGAUGGAAAAUCAAUUAAACAAAAAGGUUAAAAAUUAUGCCGCCAAUGUACUUCGAGAAACAUGGCUCAUAUAUAAAUACACAAAACUUGUCAAACAUGUAGAUGCUUCUAAAGUUAGAACACAUCAACGUAAAUUUUUAAGAGCAAUUCAUGGUCUUCGUAGAAUGAAAACUCGAUCAAAGAAAAGUUCAAGAUUCUGCAAGACUCUAGUUGACUUAGCUAAAACUCAGACGAAUAUUUAUGAAAUUGUUACUGAUUUACAAAUGGAACAAGGUUGUUUACAACACAGAAUGGAGACACUGGAAUCAUCACUGAUAAAAGUGCAGGAACAAUUAAGGGCACUACCUGGUUUAAUAAGAACAGUAAUUAUACAACAGCAUUUAGCCUAUCAAAAACUAAUCACAGCACCUGUCAGUACAACAUCAGUUAACCAACCGAUAACUUUGAAACCUGAAGAACAUAAAUCAUGAGUACUUUGAAAUCAAGUUGUAUAUAAUUUGUAACUAUUCCUGAAUAAUAUUGAUUUUGGAUCAAUUCACUGGGUGAAGUGUUUAAAUUUAAGAAUCGCAACAUAUUCAAAAUUAAACAGACGAAUAAGAAGCAUUAUUAGCUGAACAGCUACAAUUUACACAUUUAUUACCAAUUAAAUGACCUUGUUUUACCUAAAGUUCCUUUUCUUUUAAUUCAGUGAGAUAUUUUCAUAUUGAUAUAUACUUUUUGGUAGACAAUGAAUCGAAAUUUACUUGCCCUUACUAAACACUGAACACUUUUUGUGAGUGUUUUCAGAGUACAAUUGUUUUAAUUAUACUGUCUUUCAUUCAAGGACU